UCGACUGCUUAUUUUUGGUUUUUCUAGAAAAAUGUUUAUGUCAAUAUUAUUCAGAUAAAACGUCCCUAAAUGUAACAAAUCAACAUUCACCGGGCAAUUACAUUGUACUUGUCAUUAGCGAAGUAAAACAUGGCUGGUGCAGCACUGAAACGAUUAAUGGCUGAAUAUAAGCAGCUAACUUUGAAUCCUCCAGAGGGAAUUGUUGCUGGUCCUGUUUCUGAGGAAAACUUUUUUGAAUGGGAAGCUUUAAUAACCGGACCAGAAGGCACAUGUUUUGAGGGUGGUGUGUUUCCUGCCCGGGUGACCUUUCCACAAGAUUACCCAUUGAGUCCCCCCAAGAUGAAAUUCACGUGUGACCUUUUUCAUCCAAAUAUUUAUCAAGAUGGCCGAGUGUGCAUUUCUAUACUACACGCUCCAGGUGAUGAUCCCAUGGGAUAUGAAACAAGUGCAGAGCGGUGGAGUCCGGUGCAGAGUGUGGAAAAAAUAUUGUUGUCUGUGGUGUCCAUGUUGGCUGAGCCUAAUGAUGAAAGUGCAGCGAACGUUGAUGCAGCAAAGACGUGGCGGGAUAAUCGGGAAAAAUUUAAUGAAAUAGCUGAUCGGACUGUAAGAAAAUCAUUGGGGCUUGAUGGAGAAUACUUAUAAAUUAUUGCAUGGAUGCAAGUUUGAUGGAUUCACAUUUUACAAACUUUUCAGACGAGUAUACAGAAUGUGUUGUCCUCCCAUCACCUCUCCUUUCUGGAUGGGGCAAUCAAAUUUAAAUUCGGCAAUUUGUUUUCUGUUUUAUUCCAAAUGUAGCAGCCUGCAGUCUAGGUCAAGCUUUUUAUCAUAUUUUCAGUUAAAAGUUUAAAGAAUUCUUUUAAAGAAUUCAGUAAAUCAAAUGCUUCUAUUACAAUACCACUGCCACUGGCAUUUGUUGAAGUGGAUGAGUUCAGUAUUCUGUAUAUUUGCAUCCCACUUUGUGCGGGUUCACUUACUCCUUAUGGCCCGAUGGUGGCGUAUCUUGUCAUAAUACUUUAGGCUGAAAUUGCCCCAAAACGUGCAAGAAUUAUCAAUUAACAGUCUUUGGAAAUCCUCAACUCUUUCUGGUAUUAGCAUUUAUCUCAUGAUUGGUUUAAUUUUUGAGUAAAUAUGAAAUGUAAGGUGGUAUAGCUAUAUCCCUAGCACAGCUACAGCCUCUGUGUGCAUAAAUGUCAUCCUUGAAAAUCCAGAGUCGGUCGUAUCCUCUUCCCCUCUCACUCAUUACUGAAGCUCGGUCGAUAGUAGCGAGUGUUGGCCCGAGCUUCAGGAUAAAUGUAUACUGCCAGCUGUUUUGUUUUUGUUUUUUUCUCCUCUGAAUGGGCUAUGCUAGUACCAUGAAUGUAAUUGUACCACUUUAUAUUUUCUACCUGUUGUUAUCUUGCAUACUUGUGAUUUGGUUCAAAACCAUCCUGGUUUCCAAGGUUUGGGUUGAUCAUGUUUAACUGAUAAAUAGAUCAAGUUGUGGUCCUGUUUCAGUGGAACACUUGUAGAUGAAUACAGUUCUUGUUUUAUUAUAAUGUAUAAUCCAAAGUCAACUAAUAUAAUUUAUAAAAUAAGUACAUAUACAUCAGCAAA